GGAAGUGGAGGGAGGCGGCAGACUGAAGACGAGGUCGAGUAGACUCGUUUUCGUUUUCCUGGCUCGCGCAGAUGUUUCAGCCCGUCGCCCUCAGGCUGCGCGCGGCACAGAGAGGCUAACGCCGGCUAGCGCGACGCUAACGGCGGCUAGCGCGACGCUAACUGCCGCCGUUAAGCGGCGGAACCCGGAUGAGCGGCGUAACUCAGCUCACUGCUAGCUUUAUGCUAACAUGCCGGCCCAACAUGGCGGAGCAACAGAAGCGUUCAGUGUUUGAUUUUAAGCUCAUUUUCUCAGCUUAAAAGCGGGUUUUACGGCAUAAAUUAAGUGCAAAGUUCACUAAACGGGAAUCAGUUGAUAAAAUAAUUGAUAAAAGAAAACAUGAUACCGAUUAUCAGCAGUUACUUGCUCAUUUGUUAUUAACAACAAUUAGUUUAUUUCAUGUGACAGUUAAAGCGCCUCAUGUUAAAACAGCCAAGUUAAAGUUAAAGCACUGUUGUUCAUGUUGCUUCAUUUAAAUGAUUAUUUGAUUUAUCCAUCUGUAAACGGAUCAGACUCGGCACCAUGCAGCGUUCAGACCAAGUUUUAAAAUAAACUAUUUAUAAUGAAAGUCUGAAGUUUUCAGAAGCUUUUUAUCGGCCCCGCGUGACGUUACGAGCCUGAACUAUGUUGGUCAGAUAAAGCCGACAGCUUCUGGUGGCGUUCGGCGCUUUUUGACGUUCACUGACCGAACAGUUAGUCGAUUAAUCGAUAGUGAACGUCGCGUGUUUUUUUUCUUCCCGAACGAAGGUGGUGAUGUCACACGGACAUCUGACUCGGUUGCCAUGGAGACGGAGCCCGACAGGAACAGUGACGUCAGCGGUCCCGGACCUGAACAGUCUGCAGAUCCUGGAUCAGACCUGACGCUCGGCUCUGACUCCUCCCUCGCCUCUCCUGAAACAGGUGCUGCGCUAGGCCCCGCCCCUCCCGCAGCCGGUCCCGCCCCCUCCGGUCCAGCUGCUGACACCUGGGUGACAUCGCAGCUGCUGGCUCCGCCCACAGCGGCGUGUCGGAAUCAGCUGAUCGUCGUGGAGCAGCGCGGUCAGACGCGGCCCGGUGAACGCGCGGUGAUCGUGGCAGGCCAAUCAGAGAGCAGAGAGGCGUUGGUCAUCCCGUCCAAUCAGCUCUCGGGGUCCCAGCUGGCUGUGCUCUCCAGUAGCCCGGCAGGCGCUGUUGUUAACAUCCCAGUAACCACGGUAACCGACUCCAGCCGCAGCAGCAGCAGCCGACGUCCCAGCGAGCAGGCCGCAGGCGUCAGGCUGGACGUUCCUGCUCGUGUGAAGCCGGCGCCCUGCGGCGCCCCCUGCUGGGCUCUGAGGCUGCGUCACGCUCAGAAGUUGGGAGAUUCCUACAGAGGGUUCUGCUGUUCGGAGGCGGAGCUGGAGGCCAUCUUGUUGCUCCACAAGCAGCAGACCGGAUGCGUCUUUGGGACCCGUCAGUCUCCGUCUGUGGACAAACCAGCAACCAGACUCAUGUGGAAGUCUCAGUACGUCCCCUACGACGGCGUCCCGUUCGUCAACGCAGGCAGCAGAGCGGUCGUGAUGGAGUGUCAGUUCGGACCUCGCAGGAGAGGCCUGCAGCCGAACAGGAGCUCUGAGCACGCUGCGUACAAGGCCACCUGUCCGGCCAGGAUCUACAUAAAGAAAGUUCGUAAGUUUCCGGAGUUCGGGGUUCCCACAGAGCCGACGGCAGACAGGAAGACGGUGAGACGGCAGCAGGAGCAGGCCUUCCAGAGUCUGCGGGGCCGGGACCUGGAGUCCGGAGGAGCCAUCAGGUUUUACCUGCAGCUCCCCACAGAGAGAGCUCACCUGUAUCACACUGUGGACACGCCCCCCGUCCCCCCGCCUCCUCCUGACCUCCGCCCUCCCCCCACACAGCCGGAGGAGGAGGAGGAGGAGGAGGAGGAGGAGGAGGAGGCGGGACAGCAGGAAGGAGUCGUCCCGUCUCGCCUCCACCCUCGGGUGGCUGAGAGGAUCCGACAGCUGGUGGCCGCAGGGCACCAUCAGGUGUACAGCGUCCGCAAACAGCUCAGGCGUUUCGUGGAGGAGCAGCUGUUUCGGAGCGACGGUCCUCCAGAGAGACACAACCUGAGAUUCUUCCCCACCGUCAACGACAUCAAGAACCACAUCCACGAAUCCCAGAAGGCCUUGGGGCUGACCGCCACCGCUGAGUGGACAGACGAGAGCGGCGACCCGCUGAUGGAGACUUUCACGCUGACUCCUGCCGCGGAAGAUGUGGACGGCAGUGACUCUUUGUCUCCUGAAGCUGUUCAGCUCUUCGCUUCUCUCUCCUCUCUGCAGCCGAAGAUCUUUGCUCAGCUGCAGGGAAUCCUCCAGCCCCUCCCUCCCCACCCCCCCUCCUCCUUCCUCCAGACUCCUGUAGGGGAGUCAGCGGGGGCGUCGGGCCCAGAGCAGGUGCUCGACGAGGGGCAGCAGCUCUGUGAAGGAACCCAGCAGGUGGUUCUACAGAACAGAGAGAACGUCCAGCUGCAGAACAUCAGCUCUCCUGCCCGAAGUGAGGAUGACAAUCAUUCAUGUAGUGACUGAGAAUUAGCCUGACACUCUGGUUGAUGUAAACAUGCUUCAGGUGGAGGUGAAAGAGGAAGAGGAGGAGAUGAAGAUGAAGAUAAAGGAGUUGGAAGACUCAACUGGUUCGUGUUGAAUCAGACUUGUUGACAUGUUGAAUCCAUCAGUAUGUUAU